UAAUUUGUCAGAAUUAUUUUGCAGAAUUAUUUUUUUCCUUUUUUUUUGUAUUUAAUUUUUGUUUUGUGGAAACAUAAAUUUAAACGCCUGUUAUUUUCGUGUCGUGUUCUUUGAGAGAAAAAAAUAUUUGCCAAUUUUUUUUUUGUUUUUGUAAAAUUUCAUCAAAUUUCACUAAAAAUAAUGGAAAAAGCUCCCAGUUCUAUGAGACUGGAAAAGAUGGCUACAGUUCCAGAGGAAGUUCCAGGAAAGCCAACCAAAUUUGAGGGUGAUGCCAAGAAAAUGGCCCAGCAAGUCUCGGUAGGGUCGGCAACAGCUGCAACUAACCAAGCCAUAAAAGCUAAAGGAAGAAAUAUGUCGAUCACAAAUCCAGCCUCCAAAAUUCCAGCUAUCAAAGCAACGUCCAACGUGUUAAGCUUAAAGGGCAAAACUGCAAAUCCAUCAUGCCCGCCAUCUCAAAAUUCGAGGCCAUCAACACCCUCCAGUGAUUCUAAAAGAAAUUCAUUAACAAAAUCUCCCCCAGCCAUAAUGUCAAGAUCUCCAACACCGAUCAGCAAAUCAAGAAUGAGUUUGAUGUCGAAAAAAGAUGAUUUUGAAAAGAAAUCCUUUAAUUCCGCAUCGAAAACAAGUUUAGCAACCAAUACGGCCAAUGAAAAAGCUCAAAGCUUUCGAACUCCAAAUGCUGUGUCUUCAAAAAUUAAUAGCAAUCGAGGUGGAAGUAAUCAAACCCGUGCCAGGAGUUCCAUGGCCGGAAAUCAAAAAACAAAUUUACACAAAACAACCUCCACAGCAGGUGAUCAAAAUUCCCCCCAAGCCUUGGAGAAGAGGCUAACGGACUUACAGACUGAAUUUCUUACAAAAAUCCAAGCUGAUCCUGAUAAAAGCUUUGAAUAUCGUUUUGUUAGUGUGGUCCAUCAGAAUGGUGAAUGCAAGCUUUUAAUCAAAGAUACGGAGAAGGAUCUUCCGGAGCUGCCCUCCAAUUCGGUCAAUGAUUUCAAGGCGAAAAUCUUAAAAUAUAUGAAUGAAAGUUUUGCCCAACUGUUAGGGAAUUCCAUGGAAAAGGAAAAUUCCAACAGCCAGGAGAAAAUACGCCAGCUACAGGAUUCAAAUACCAAGGCUUUGUUUGACUACAUCGAUGAUUUAUGUAAGUCCUAUAAGGAGAAGCCGUUACCGGACUCGGAAGUCGAACAUUUGAAACAGGAACUAGAGGAAUGCAAAGCAAUUCUGGCAGCCGCUGAAACAAAAUCCCUGGAACUCAGCAAAAAACACGACGAAGAACUAGUCGCCUUGAAAAAUCAAUUCAAUUCUAAGAUAGCGGAAAUAGCCCAAAGAGAAAGUGCCAUGAGAGAGUUAGAAAAUAGACUCCAAAAUUCCGAGAAUCAAAGAGCUUUUCUUAAAUCCCAACUUCAGUCCCUGGACAUGGAAAAGCAAGAAGAAAUCAAUACCUUAAAGGAAAGCCUUCGCAAAAACCAAGAGAAUACAAAUGCUAUGCAAAAGAAUUUCAUGUUGCUCCAGCAGCAAUUGGACAACGAGAGAAAUGAAAAUCAGAACAAAACAGUUACCCUCAAGGCCAUGGGGGAGGAAUUACAGAAAUUACACCUUAUGGUGGAACAACAAAAUGUCUCGGAAAAUUCUGAAGAAAUUCAAGAACUAAGGGAUACAAUUAAAAGUUUGGAAGAGGAAAAAACUUCAUUGGAAGAACAUAAUCGAAAUUUGAAAGAGGAACUUAAUUCCAGUAAAGAAAUGUUGAUCCGCUACCAGGAGGCCCAAGAGGAAAUAAAGUCUCUCCGGGAACAGAUCAAGCUUAAAGAUGAAAUGCUGGAGAAGUCAAAAUUGGAAAAUGCCAAGGAUACUCAAAUGGAGUUCUCCUAG